GAUCGUAAAAUAGAGUGUGAAUAAACCAGCCGAAUAAAAAGACUUUCGUAACUGUACGUAACUAUUAUUUGGCUAACAAUUACGUAUUUUCGGCUGGUUUACAUUUCGGCUGGUUUAUGUACCACCGUAAAAUUUUAUUAAAACCUUUCAUCGACUUUUUAUAGUGAAUUUGAAGUCGCCAAACAAUCAAAAAACUUUUUUUGAGUUCGAAAUCUACAGCAAUGUCGGACCAAAAUUUAAAUUUGAACAGAGGAAGUUACCAGAACCCGUCAAAAGUUGUUGAACAACUAUCAAAACCGGAAAUUUGGUUAAACGAUCAGAGCGAAUCGAGCGAAAAAAUAGACGAAGAAGAUGGAAUUUUCACAAAUCUCCAACAAAUUGAAAUCGUUGAAAAUGGUUCCAAGAAAGCGAGCGACGCUUCGCAGUCGUUCCGCUCUCGGAAGUUGACAACGGAGUCUGCAACAGAAUCGACGCCGUCGGUUAUUGCCGCGCGUGCCACUCGGUUUCCGAACCGACCUCGCUUCUUCUCGGAAAUCAGAGACAUUGCUCGGGAUAUGCAGAAGCGUUUCCUGGGUGCAUGUAUGAAAGGUGAUUUGGAAUCUGUUCAAACUAUGUUGGCUGAACCGAACGCUCUCCUGAACUUCCGUGACUCUCAUGGCUUCACGCCACUUCACCAUGCAAUCAAAAAUGGACAUGAAAUGCUAUGCAAUCUACUCUUAUUGGACGAGAGAAUUGACCAAUCAGAUGUGCUACACGCCGCAGUUGAAUACAGUCGACAAGAGAUUGCUCGGAUGCUGAUUGGUAGAGGAUUUGACGUUAAUGCGACAUCAACAACUGAAGUGUUUGGAAAAGGAUAUUGUCCCCUUCAGAUAGCGUGUCUGAGAGACAGCACCUCCAUGAUCCAGCUUCUGGUCUCAUCGGGCGCCAAUUUACUCCAGAAACCAGACAGAUCCAACAUAUCCAGUGGAUGUCUACAAGACUGCAGAGCGAGGAUCCAGCUGUUGCGUGCUCUGUCCAGUGCCUCCUACAUUUCCCUGGUGUACGUUGACCCCAUUGCACGCUGCUUCGAACUAUCCAAGUGCUGCAGGUGGCUAGGUACCUGUGAGAAUGAGUUGUCCGAUCACUACUUGAGCAUAGAGAUGGACUUGGAAAGACUUGCUGCCCAGUUCGUGAACUCAGUCGAGGCACAGCAUGACGUCAUCACUGUGCUCAGUCUACACACGACAAAUAUGACGUCAUCAACCUCUUCGGCAAUCCAGAACACCAAAACAGAGAAUCAGAAGUCCACUGAGACCCUUAAGCCGAACCCAGAACCUCAAUUGGUGAAUGAGACAACCAAAUUGCCCGUUUCGACAACUGGCUGUAAGUUGGAUCUUAGCAGAUUGGACUCAACCAGUUCUGCAUAUGAGAAGAGUGGGCCAAGGAAGAUGAGAAGGAAUGAACUUGAAGAGGUGGAGGAUACUUACAAUUGUGGCCAGAAAGUGGAGAUAGGGGAACGUCUCUGCAGACUGCAGCAGGCACUGAGAGGAGGCCACAAACUGUUCAUAGCCCAUGCUCACUGCCAGCUGGCUCUGGCGGAUGAGUUCACCCGAGGCAUGAGUGGAGGGCGAGGAGGAGGGGGGACAGGAGGCGUUGAGGGCAAGGGAGGGUGGAGACACAAGGCUAACACCGAAAGACUCAAGACAACUAUGCUGAUGCUACUCGCUACACCACUGUGGAUACUUGGUUUGUUGAUUCUGCCUCCAACCCCCUCCACAGAUCGCUUCCUGCACAUCCCGCUCAUGAAGUUUGUGGCCAACAUCACCUGUCACGUGACUUUCAUCUGUGCCAUGUCCUACUCCCAGGUCCGUCUGACACCCCCUAGUGCGGGGGAUCUGUCGGGUGACUCAUUCACUCACGGCAGACCCAUCAGUUGGAGUGAGAUGGUCGUGUUUGUGUGGGUAGUGGGCACAGUUUGGCGCGAAAUUCAGGAGAUGACUAACAAAGGUGCUCGUGUGUACUUGAUGGACAUGUGGAAUGUGUGGGACUUGACCAUAGCGUCCAUAUUCUUUGUAGCUGCCGUAGCCAGGGUCAGGGAUGCUGUACAUCCCAGGCCAAUUCCCAGCAACUCAGGUGUUCUUGGCCGUGAUGAGUGGGACUACUUUGACGAACUGCUGGUGUACGAGGCAGCUGUGUGUCUGGGCACUCUGGCGGCUGUCAACAGAAUAUUGUACUACUUCAGUGCUAGUAGACUGCUGGGAAAACUACAGAUGAGUGUGGCGUGUAGCAUGGCCCAGAUCAGUAAAUUCAUGGGCCUCUUCCUGGUCAUGUACUUCUCCUUCGCCACUGCCACCAACAGUCUCUACUGGAAAGACCAACUCACUGCGCACACCUUGUGUCAGAGGGCCCCACCCGAUGACUCUGAGGCAUGUCCCCCUGCAGUGAGGAGGAAGUUCGAGAGGGGGGAAUUCCAGUUCACGACUGUGGGGGGAUGUCUGUACCAGCUGUACUGGACCAUAUUUGGUUACUCCAGUCUCGUGUUUGCAUCUAAAGUCUACCCUCAUUGGACCAUACAUACACUAGUGGGUUCCAUUCUGUUCGUGUUGUUCAACUUCUUGGUUGUGGUAGUGCUUCUGAAUGUCUUAGUCGGCAUGAUCACCAAGACACUCGACAACAUCGAACAGAACAUAGGCAUGCUAUCAUGGCUCUUUUUAACAAAACGCCCCCCCCCCCCCGUUACACCCUUCCUCCUCCAUCCCCCUCCCAUCGCUCGCGGCUCAUUUGAUAACAAAAAGAGCCAUCCGACAAUAAAAGACACCGAAUGGAAAUUUUCUCGAUCGGCCAUCUACGCCGACUUCAUCUCAGCCGACACGAGACUACCACCUCCAUUCAAUGUAAUACCUUCUGUCAGAAACACUUUGUGGCUGUUGGACAAGAUAGAUUCUAAGACUGCGAGGACUGGGUGGCUAACACAUGCAGCUGAUCCUUAUCUUAGGUCAAGGGUCCUUCGCAAACAAAUUGCUCAAGAACGACUUGGUUCGAUUCUGAAGGCGAUGAAAGAGCAACAUCUGCGGAACCAAAUCAAAACCGAGAAGGGGGAGGAGAUAACUACCGACAACCUGACAGCUCUGAGGAAUGACGUCAGUGGUCUGAAGUUCGAACUACUCGGAUACGUCAAAAAUGUACCAGCUACAGUAGGCAGAUUGGGUCAAGGUCAAAUAAAAGUGAUCGAGGCCAUUCGACUAGCACAGGAUAAUCACGAGAAGAAUUCGGCGAAGCUGUCUGGGUUGAAGUUAAUGGCGGGAGAGAUACACGAGAAGCAAUCACAGGAAAUUGAGGAACUUGCAGCCAACCAAUCCGAUCUGUUUCAUAAUUUGACGAAACAUCUCGAAGCAACCAUUCAAAAUUCAAACGAUCGGAAAACUCGGAUGGAAAAGAUUCUUAAGAGCGAUUUCAAAGAGUCUCUUCUUCAGAGUAAAAAAGACGUUUCAAGUAAACUGAAGCUUUUGGACUUUGAACAGAAGCAAUCUUUCAAAUUAUUCUCGGUCGAACAAAAUGACCUAAAAAGCGAAGUUUUGAAAUCGCAGAACCAAAAUUAUGUUCAUGCUUCUGAGCUGAAAAAUUUGAUGACGCGUAAUAUGAACAAAAUAAAAGCGAACAAAAACUUUCAAGGCGCGCAAAUUGUUGAUUUUUCGCAGCGCCAGGAACAUUUGGUGGAUGACUUGCGAAACUUAAUCGGUCAUCACGAGAAGGAAACUAAAAGAUCUCUUCAGAAUUAUUCCACUGAGUUUGAAAAAAUUUUAGAUGGCUGUAAAUUGAGAUUUUCUAAUGAAGUCAAAACGUUCCUGGAAAAUCCUCUGGACGAUUCGUUUAAACUUGCAAACACUGAUUUCAAAGAUUUUCUCGUCAAAAAUUUCUCCAAAAUAUUCAAGAAUGAAGAAAUUCAGUUGAAUGAACAAAUGGAACAAUUGCAACAAUUGACGUGUGAUGUUAAGGGUUAUUUUGAAAGUAUGAUAAAUAGAGAGUCAUGUCAACACGAAGAAUUAGUUCAUGUUUGUGAAGUGACCGCGAAAGAAGAACUACAGAUCUUUCUAGAAAAGGUAGAAACAAUGCUGAAUGAGAUCGAGAAAAAGCAGCAAACGGCAUUAGAGAAAUGGUCAACAUUAUACAGGAAUGCACUCUCAACCGGGUCUCCUCUUUACUCCUCCACUUCCCAGACUGAUAUCGAUGACUCAUGAUUGCAACAGGAAACGAUUGAAGAGAUGAGAGGCUCAGUUAAAUUUUUUCAUUGACAGGUUAAAGAGAACUAGAUUAAUGGAUUUUUUGUA